AUGGGGGGCUCAAAGGGCAGGGGUCGUGGCCCUUUUUGGCGUGAGCAGCGCCAACGAAUGGCAGAGGGGAAGUCGUGGGCCUUCCAGUGGGAGACGACCAGCCGGAAGAAGCACCCCUCCCUGAGGAGGCGGCUCCUGAUGGCUCCAGCUCUUCGGCCCAACCGGCGGCGAAGGCAUGGCCGCCUCCCCCCCCGCCGGCUCCUUGGCGAGACCGUCGGCGUUCUCCUUUCCCUCGUCUGGUCUUGCGCUCAGUGGACAGAAGCCCUACACCGCCCACCCCUCCGCGAAGGAGGAGGCCUCAGGCAGCAGGGUGUGGAUUUGCGUUCGGUUCCGCGCGAUUCAACACGUUCCCCUCCACCUGGGAGGCGGUCAGAGGAGGCUAGGUCCAGCCGUGACCUUCCAAACCAGCAUGCACGGCCCAGAUCCCCCUCGGAGGCACGGGCCCGGCCCCCUGUAGACCCAGCCCAUGAGGCUGAGGAGUCCCCCUGGGGCCGGCGGCAACGCAUGCGCAGGGAGGCUCCGGACUUUACCCCGGGUGUGCACGCGGCUGGUGAAGCAGCAAGCUACAAGCGGCCCACCUCGCCUCGGCAUUUCCUCCCUCAGGAGCUCACACUUACGUGGGACCCUAUUCGGCAGGUUGUGGUGGAAGCCCGGGUUCUCCCGCGCCUGGGCUGGGGACAAAGCCGUGUAGGCUACCAGCUGUCUCAGGCGUUGGUCUUGAAGCUCACGGAUGAUGCAUCCCUGAACGGUCCGGAGAUCGAUAUGGCGCGGCGCUUUCCUCGGCUCCUGGCUCCCAUCCUCACCAGUGGCUCCAUGUGGAUUGGACUAGGACCCGAAGGUGUGCCAGGUGCGGGCCUGCAUCGGUUCCUGUACCACGUGCAAGAGCAUCGCUGCCAAGCCCGUGAGUGGCUCCAGGAAAAUGCUGCCAAUGGUCUCCGUGUGCAUUCCUACCUUCUGGCCACGUUGGCCACCUUGUUGCACUUGUAUGCCUGUGGGGUAGAUGCCAAGGAUGUUGGCAUUUCAAACCUGAGCCACAGGCCGCUGGGCACGAGGUUGGUCCCCCUUCCGGCCUUCAUCGAUGCCAACAACUGGGGCCAGGGAGGCCGGAAUGGACGGGCUUUUGGAGGGUAG